AUGUCGCGACCAGAUAGACCUAGUCAGGCGCAGACCUACAAGCUUGUCGUUGUUGGUGGCGGUGGUGUAGGAAAAAGUGCUAUUACCAUACAAUUUAUUCAGAGUUACUUUGUGACAGACUAUGAUCCCACCAUUGAAGACAGCUACACAAAGCAGUGCGUCAUUGAUGAUAUUCCAGCAAAGUUAGAUAUUUUAGACACGGCUGGUCAGGAGGAGUUCAGUGCGAUGCGCGAGCAAUAUAUGCGCUCCGGCGAAGGUUUCCUCCUGGUGUUCUCUGUGGCUGAUCAUGCAAGUUUCGACGAACUAUACAAGUUUCACAAGCAAAUCCUGCGUGUUAAGGAUCGCGACGAGUUCCCGAUGCUAAUGGUCGGGAAUAAGGCUGACCUUGAGCAUCAGAGAGUGGUGUCAUUAGACGAAGCACACGCACUUUCCCGACAGCUGAAAGUACCCUAUAUAGAGUGCAGCGCCAAAGCCCGAAUGAACGUCGACCAAGCCUUCCACGAAUUGGUCCGUCUAGUGCGGCGCUUCCAAGAGGCCGAGCGGAUCAACAUCAAACCGGAUCACAAGAGUGGCAGAAAGAAGAAGUGCACCAUCUUGUAA